CGGGAAUACGCAGGAAUAAGUUAUGUCAGCAGCACAGGCAAGGCCAGUUGUAUCUUAAAAGAGCAGCUGCAUAUAUUCUGAAAGAGUUGCUAUGUCUGUGCAGAAGUGACGUUCCAGGAUUAUUACUGUGGAACAUUUUAAUCAUCACCUCAAGGUUUCUGGAAUCAAAUGAACCAGUUGUGAUGCAUAUUCAGAAGAAAACACAAGGUAUCCUGAAUGAUCUUCCAUGACAGAGUUGGAAACCAGAAGAAGGACGUAUGGUGUUUAACGUCCCAGCCAGAGCAGAUCACCAGAUGAUUUAAAACAUGAGCAAGUUUGCCUGUCUGAAAUACUUGGCUUUGGCCGCAGCACUAUUUGGUGCAACAGUUGACGCUCAAGAUUCAUCCACUUUAUCUCCUACAAGUGAGAAUCAAUCUUCACUCACAACCACCAGCACGGCUCAAACAUCAGUGACGACUUCAAAAGCAACAGGUUCAAGUCAUUCGUCACUCUCGCUCACCAGCACGGCUCCACCAUCAGUGACUACUUCAUUCACCAAUGCUUUAAAUCACUCAACACUCACACCCACUGGCACGGCUCUGUCAUCAGUGACUGCUUUAUCCACAGCGGGUUCAACAGAUAAUUCUUCACUCACAUACUCCAGCACGACUCCAUCAGUGAACACAAUUAGUUCAAAUGGCACAUCACACAGCUAUUCUGACACCAACGCAACAACAGCGACUACUCAGUCACCAGAAAUUCCAACAGGCACAAAUAUCACAGCAAGCACAGACUUCACCCCAACAGUGUCUACUGCAUCCACUCCCAACCAAACUACUCCAGUUAAUUACACAAAGUGUGGGGUUCAUCAGUUUAACUGCAUUGUGGGUAACGUGACAGAUAAAAGUAUCAAACUGACCAUACAAUACAAAAUUGAAACAGAUCUUUCAGUAGUUGUUCUCAAUGAAAACAUCACUCUUGAAGCAAAUCAGAGUAUGAAGGAACAAGUAAUAGCAGGUCUUGAUUUCUGUACUAAUUAUGAACCCUCACUAGAAGUGGAUGACAAAUGCAAUGUAACUUGUGGAAAAAGCAUCAGAACACAUCCAAAGUCCACUUUUGAUUUUAAAAUUAACAAACAAUCACCUAAGUUCUCAGUGGAUGUAACUUCGGAAAUGAAAAAAUGCAGCUUUACAUAUAUUUGGAAUUGUUCAACAGAAAAUAACACUUUAAUAGGAAACGGAACAACAUUCGAGAUUUCAACUCCUUGUGAAAAACAUAAUUGCUCUAUCACAGUCCGUGCUGAUAAUUGGACAACGGUUAUAACUGAACAUCUGAUGGCAGAACGUCAAAAACCUAACAAGCCACAGGUUUUCGAAGGGAAAAUUGAAAGUACGUCCAUUGAAGUGACAUGGACUUUGACAGAUGACGAUUUUAAACACGUCAAUGAGAUUAUCGUAACUGAAAACGCUUCAAAAAACGUGUGUGAAAUGGUUGGAGAACUGAAUACCAUCGGAUCACAUAAUUGUACAGGUCUGAAGCCAAAUAAAAGGUAUACGUUUUAUGUUGAAGCUAAAAACAAUGAUUGCAAUGGAAAUUCUCAACAGAGUGAGCCAGCUAUCAUCACCAACGAAACUAAACCAGGGUGCCCAGAGAAACUUACGAAAAUUGAUUUUUCACUAUCAAGCAAUAAUGCCAUUCACAUUAAGUGUCAGAAACUAACACCUGAUCAGUGGAAUGGAAAGAGUCUUUUAUAUUCCGUCAAAAUAGAAGAUAAAUUCAUCAACAGCAGCAACUGUGAAUUUGAAUUGAAAGACUUGGAUUAUCUGAAAAAAUACAAUAUAAAUGUGCGUGCUUGGAAUGAAGUUUGUUUUGUUGAAUCUGAAUCUCGAAUGAUUACAACUCUAUACAAUGACAAGGCAUUAAUUGGAUUCCUGGCAUUUCUGAUCAUUGCUACUACAAUAGCUCUGGCCAUUGUACUCUACAAAAUAUACAUUUUGCAGAGGAAAUCUUCAAGACAUCCUGAAGAAUCUGUGGAACUUAUUGGACAUGAUGAUGAAAAGCAGCUGCUCAAUGUGGAACCCAUCCCUGCUGAACAACUCAUUGAAGCCUACAGGAGAAAGCAGGCUGAUGAAUCCAGAUUAUUUUUAGCAGAGUUCCAGAGCAUUCCAAGGGUUUUCAGCAAAUAUGCCGUCAAGGAGGCACGUAAAAGCUGUAAUUCGCUCAAGAAUCGAUAUAUUGACAUCCUGCCAUAUGAUUACAACCGUGUUCAACUUUCCCCUGUGUCUGGAGAGCAAGGCUCGGAUUAUAUCAAUGCAAGUUUCAUUGAUGGCUUCAAUGAACCCCGGAAGUACAUUGCUGCCCAAGGACCGAAAGAGGAAACGGCUGAUGAUUUCUGGAAAAUGGUGUGGGAACAGAAAGUAACAAUUGUUGUCAUGGUGACUCGCUGUGAGGAAGGGAAGCGGCCCAAGUGUGCUCAGUAUUGGCCCACCAUGGCUGUGAAGUCCAUGUACUUUGGUGACCUCUCUGUGAGAAUUAGUGAAGAGAAGAAGUGUCCGGACUAUGUUAUACGGAAACUCUUCAUUUCACAGAAGGAAAAAUCUCCAGAGAGAGAAGUGACGCACAUACAAUUCAUCAGCUGGCCAGACCACGGUGUUCCAGAAAAUCCACAUCUUCUUCUCAAGUUGCGUCAGAGAGUUAAUACCUUCAGAAACCUAUUUAGCGGUCCAAUUGUUGUACACUGCAGUGCCGGGGUGGGUCGCACAGGCAGCUACAUUGGAAUUGAUGCCAUGUUGCAGGCCCUUGAGGCUGAAGGGCGAGUGGAUGUCUAUGGUUACAUAGCUCAGCUCCGUCGGCAACGCUGCCUCAUGGUGCAGGUUGAGGCCCAGUACAUUCUUAUACACCAGGCUUUGCUGGAAUACUACCUCUAUGGUGAAACUGAGGUCAACCUGUCUGAACUGCCCAAACACCUCACCGAUUUUAAAAAGAGGGACCCACCUACUGAGCCAUCCCUCCUGGAGGCAGAGUUCCAGAGGAUUCCAUUUUAUACUGGAUGGAAAUCUCAGACAGUGGGAAGACACGGAGAUAACCAAAGCAAAAACCGGUCACUUUCAGUGAUCCCAUAUGAUUACAACAGAAUUUAUGUCAAACUGGAUAGUGACAGAAGCAAGGAGAGUGAAAAUCUAAGUGAUGAUGAAUCGAGCUCUGAUGAGAGUGAUGACGAAGAAUCCACAAAAUACAUCAAUGCUUCCAACAUAGAAGGAUAUUGGCACUCUGAGAUACUGAUUGCCACUCAGAUUCCACUGCCUGAAACUAUUGCUGACUUUUGGUUGAUGGUCUAUCAAAAAAAGGCGCCGCUCAUCGUUUUGUUGGGCAAAUUAAAAGAUGACAAGGAUUGUACACAAUAUUGGGAAGAUGAAAAGAAAACCUAUGAAGAUAUUGAGGUUAGGUUGUCUGACUGCAAUGAACAGCCGGAGUUUAUAGUUCGAGUCUUUGAAAUAAGACAUAUAAAGAAGGAAGCAACUCGGAAAGUGUACCAGUAUCACUUCCACGACUGGGAAGAAUCCGAGCUUCCUGAAAGUCCCGGUAACUUGGUCAACAUGAUGAGGAGCAUCAAGGAAAAACUGUCGAUGUUUAAAGUUGCUGAAAGUGAAUUUCAACCACCCAUCAUCGCACAAUGCAGUGAUGGAGCCAAGCAAACAGGGUUAUUCUUUGCUCUUUGGAACCUACUUGAUAGCGCAGAUAAUGAAAAUGUAAUAGAUGUUCUCCAGACGGUCAAAGCACUGCGCAAGGAGAGACCCGGAAUGCUCCCUACCUUUGAGCAGUACCAAUUCCUCUAUGAUGUUAUUGCUAACACUUACCCUGUGCAGAAUGGGACAUUAAUAUCUGGCAAUGGUCCAUCACACACCUCUGUUGAGGUCAUCUCUGAAAUCCCCUUGGAAAACAAAUCUCAGGAAGAAGUUGUUCCUGAUCCUAUAGAAAAUAAGAAAGAGGCAUCUGCCGAGGAAGACAAAGUGAUGUCUGACAGCAGUAGCAACAACCAACCAACGGAGAAUCCUACUAAUGGACCUAUAACUAGUGAUGAAAAUGUGUGAAAAAACUGUUGUUGUGCAUGAAGUAGUGGUACUAACCGGUAUUUGUGUUAACAAGGGAAAUGCCAGAAUGUGGCCGUUAAUUUUAUUUUUACUUGCAUGAACUUGUUUUAUCACUGGAUGCAUCCAAAAUUUUUGCCAGUGCAGAAAGUUCAAGAAUGGCAAUCUGCUUGAACGUAAGUAUGAAUGUAUUCCCAUGAGGAUAUUAGUUUCCUAAUUUAAAACUUAGUUAAAAUGUUUUCGGUCUUUCAAGUUACACUAGUAACUCCAAAAUAAAGCACAGAGAACCUCUUUUAAAAAAAAGAAUUUUUUAUAUAUAUAAAUAUAUAUAUUUUAUUGUGUGUGUAUUGAAAUGCUAAGUGCUAAUUUUGCUUCAGGAUGUAUUAUUUUUAGCAGUUCAUAUUUUAAAAUAAUGGUAAAUAUGUCAGGUAUUGAGUGUGAAGAAAAUUGGCAGUUAUAUUAAGCUUUGUAAUUUUUAGCUUUUUAUAAUGCAGCCACUUUUCACUUUGCAAAUUAUUUUUAUAGUUGGUUUACCAAGGAAAAGUUCUGCAGUUGAUCUGCUUAAGAAAUGAUGAUGUAUAUAGCUAUAGGAAAUUACUUUACAUCAGAACUCAACUAUUAUUAUGUCGAAGCAAACUGAUUAUUUGUACCAGAUUCAGAAGGUGGCUAAUCAUUUGUAAAUGGAAAUAUCGCAGUUCACUGACAAAAACCAAAAACAUGAUGAAGUCUGGUUGCAGAACUGGCUGCAGAACAAUACAAAAGUUAAUGGUUAAAUCAGUAUUUAAACUAAAAACAGAAACAUCAUUUCAGAUGAGAUAUUUAAGGAACUGUGCAGUAGAGUGGCAGCAUCAGACAAUGUCACUGGAGAUUUGGGGAAAAGGUACAGAAAAUCCCAGUCGGUGAGGUACCAUUUGUGGAAAGAGAAAGGGUAAUGUUUCAGAACUGAGGAAGAGAGAAGCAAGUAAGUCUGGAUAGCAGGGAAGGUGGGGAAGGGCAAUGGGUGGAACAACAGGGAAGAGAAGCACCUUUCACUGGAGAUUUACUGGGUAAUAGUCCAGCCUGCCUGAGAUAAAAUAAAGCUGCAAAAAAUGACUAAUUAUGGAGAUUUGAGAUGUUAUAGCAGCCUUAUCAGAAAUGAAUUCUGAAUCUUUGUUGUAAAUUGUCCUAAGAAGGAAAGGUCUUAGAAUCUACCAAUAUUCCACAUUUCCAUUUAUCGAUGAACAGGAAAAUCAUAUUUUCCAACUAAGGCAAACAAAUAACUUUGGGGGGAAAAAAGUUAAGACGAGCCUUUUACAAAGAGUUAGUUGAUGACAAGUUCAUAGUGAACUUCUAGAAGAUUUGGUGUAGCAAUUCAAUGAAAAUUGCUACUGGUAAUUUUUUUUGCAUUCUUUGCUGUUAGUGGAUGUUGAUAAAGCUGUUUCUAUUGAUUACAUAAGCAGCUUUGUGGCUUCAUGUUAACAUGUUUGUGUUGGAGAGUGAAAUUUCAUCUUUCACCUGGGCUUCAAAAUAUUUGGUGUGAGACUUGAUUUAUUGCAUUCCAAGUAACUCCAACAAUGGCAAGCUGUACAAAGAAGUAUAAUGUCAUUUUUAUAAUGUCAUUCAUGACCUCAAGACAUCCCGAAGUGCUUUGCAGCCAGUUGAGUAAGUUCUAAAUUGAUGAUGACACUGUUUUGAUGUAGGGAAUGCUGCAACCAACUGUAACAAACUAUAAUGUAACAAUGGUUCAUAAUAUAUAUUUUCAAUGGAUUUCUUUAAAAGUUUACAUGUUGGGCAAGACACCUUGGAUUAACUCCCUCAUUCUUCAAAAUGGCGCGCAGGAUGUUUACAUCCACUGAGGAGAGCAGGAGAAGCCUGGUUUAUCCAUUAAAAGUCAAGUUGAUUUCCAUUUUAUAACAGGGUUAUUACAUUGGCGGUUGAGAAAAUGCAUUGCUUCAAAUAAUGGAGGGAUGGUUUCUAGGAAUCUAUUUGGUUUGUUGGGUUCAAAUUGGAUUCUGUACAUUUUACUCGAGUUUGCUAUUUAAUUGUUUUGGAUUUUUUUCAACAGCUUAGUUUUCUAAUGCGUAUUUCUUUAAUUCAGACAUAUUCUUUGUAAAACAACAAAAGAUUUUUGUACUAACAAUGUUCCUGAAUAAAUGAAAUGUCACAUCA